AUGCAGUGCCCUGCAACUUUGAGCAGCGUGCUGACAGCGUGUUGCAUGCCUCACAGGGUGGCACUGGAGGCCGACGAGCGACGCGAAUUGGGAGAUCAUGCCUUUCGCACGUUGGCAUUUGCAUCGUUGGCAGCCCAGCGCCCACGCGAGGCGCGAGAGUAUGCAGAACAGGCUGUACAAAUUUGCGCGUCGGCCAUCAACACCUGUCUGCUGCUUGAAGUUCUUUUGGCCAUCCAGGCCCCAGCUUCAGCCAUUACCUCACAAGUAGACAUGCUGGCACAGGCCCCUGACAGUCAGGUCAAGGCCAGGCCACAAGAACAGGACGUGGCAGAGGCUGCCCUUCAGGGGUUGCGAAAGCUCCUGUCCUCGCUCCCCAUUGAAGAUCUUUGGACAGUGGUGUCGGAGAGCAUGUCAGCGUUUGCAACCCACCCUACAGCCUGUGCCAUGGCUAUACGUAUUGGAUUAGACCGGGUGCCUCACGUUCUGCAGCACCGCGAGGCCGUUGCAAGCGCCUUCCACACGCUGAUGCGCCACGCAUUGCAAUGGGAGGCCGCGGAACAAUUUCAUGAUGCCCAUGCGCAGUUUCUCCUGUGCCAUGAACUGGCCCAGGAAGGCGUCAUCAGCGGCGAACAGAAGCAGGCCAUUCAGCAUCUUGUGCAGGAGAAUUUUCCCGACAAGUUGGUCGUGGUGCGGUGCUACGUCAAUCUGCUGGCAGAUCUUACGUUGACAAGCAAGAGUGAAGAGCUGGCUUCAAGUCAGCGGGACGGUGACUUGCUACGCAUCUUGGGUCUUGCUUUCGAUGAAUUGCACGCCACGCCAUUGGGCGUGGCACGUGAUCAGGAAGCAGCUUGGUUUGGGCGCACAGCUUGGAAUCUGGCAGUGACAGCACUACGUCAUGAGGCUGCUGGCUUAGCCUCGGCAUACUUUGGCGUUGCCGCACGGAUCAGCAGUAUCAGUUCUGAGGCUGUGGAACAGCGGCGUGGCCGCCACGCCAAGCUGCUGGCCCUGAGCUGUUCCUUGUCUGGCGAGGCCAGAGAAGAAGACAAGGCCGCCCUGCGGAGCCUACUCGCCCAAGAAUCUGUGGAGUCAUGCCUUGCAGAUGAAGAGCCGAUGAUGCUUGGUGGUUGUGACUGGGCCACACCAUCAAUGCGUACCUUUUCGAUCGUACAGGCCCUGGAGACCCUGGCAUCAAGCUCAGAUCGAUUGCAACUGUUGGAAUUGGCGUGUGGCUUGGCAGAAAAGCAUGGGCGGCAGCGCGCUGUGUUCGAGCUGGCCCAAAAGGGGCUAGCCUGGGCUGUACCAUCCAAUCGCGAGGCAACGCUGUCCGAAGGCCAAAAAGCUCUGCUCCAGCUCGAGGGUUGCCUCCACCAAGUACACACACUCUUGCGCCAAUCGCCGGCGCUGCGCUCGGCCUGCACCGAGUCCCAGGUUCUUUGGUUUGUGGUCAAGGCCUGGAAUCUUGGAAUCGAGAUGCACGCCAACGCAUUGCCCCGAGGACAAGAUCUGUGCAACCUGGCCAUGGUCAUGCUACCUCUCCUCUCCGCUACUUGUCGUCCAGUCUUGGAGGAGCGCAUGAAGCGAGAUUUCGUCACGGUUGCCGCCGCCGCUGCCACCAGCACCUCGGCACCAACGCGCGCCAAGUGA